AUCUGUUCAUAUACCAAGCAAAUAAAACCAAACCAAACUAAACCGGAAGUUUGUGUCUCUAUAAAGUCAUCAUUAGCUACUAAAAUGGAGUGUUGGGUUGUGAGUCAGAGUAAAUCAUGGGUAUAUCGGUCCUUGAUGUUGAUGAUGAUAAAUAUUCUAAUGGUCGGGCAAACACAAGGAGAUUGUAUAGUAGAGGAGAGAAAGGCGCUACUCGAAAUUAAGGCCUCCCAUAUGAAGUCAUAUGAUUCUGAAAUUGACGAUUUUCUCCCUACUUGGGUUGAUUAUGGCAGUAGUACCCCUGGGGAUGGUGGCAGCGAUUGUUGUGAUUGGGAGAGGGUCAACUGCAACACAACCACCGGGCAUGUCAUAGAGCUUUCUUUGUACAAUUUGAGAGGAAUGGUAGAUGAAAACAUGGAGCUUGGGAUCCAGUUGUGGCCAUUGAAUGUUUCCUUGUUUCUUCAUUUUAGAGAGUUGACAAGUCUCAAUCUAUCAUAUGAUUUUCUUGAUAAAUUAGAGAUUAUGAAGACAGGACUUGAAAGGUUGUCGAGUUUGAAAAAGUUGGAGAUACUAGACCUCAGUUUGAAUUAUGAUAUUGAUAACGACAUUCUUCCAUCAUUGAGUACACUCACUUCACUCAAAAUCUUGGAUCUAAGCCACACAGGCUUGAAUGGAAACUACCCUAUCAGUGCUUUAGAGAACUUGGAGGUGUUGUCUCUAAGCUUUUGUUACUUUAAUAUUACCUUUGAGAUUCAAGAAUUAGCUCAUCUGAUUAACUUAAAGAAGUUGGAUUUAAGUAAUACCUGGUACCUUGGCACACCCAAUAUCCAAGACUGUAAGAGCUUAUCAAGAAUGAAAAGGCUGGAGAGUAUAAAUCUUUCUGGUAACAGUUUCAACAAGAGCAUCAUAUCAUGCUUAACUGCCCUCCCAUCCCUCAAGAUUCUUGAUCUAUCCUAUUCAACUUCACUGGGAACUUCCUUUCCUGUCCAAGAGUUUAAUGAUUUGCGUGAUUUGGAAGUCCUCCUCUUGAGACGUAAUGGUUUCAGUGGAACACUUCCAAUGGAAGCUUUUGCAUCUUUCCGUCAUCUUGAGAUCUUGGAUUUGAGUGAAAACAGUUUUGUUGGGAGCAUCCCAUCAACAAUACAGGGAUUAUCUUCCCUAAGAGUUCUCUCAUUCGCUGAAAAUAGUCUUAAUGGCUCAUUAUCUGAUGAUGGAUUCUGUGAGUCAAAGAAUCUCCAGGAGUUGGAUCUUAGUAACAACAUGCUCCAUGGAAGUCUGCCUCUGUGUUUUGACAGUCUAACAUCUCUUAAGUUGUUGGAUAUUUCUUCAAACCAAUUCUCAGGGAUACUUAUGCCCUCACUCAUUGCUAAUCUCACAUCUCUCGAGUACAUUGAUUUUAGUCAUAACAUAUUUGAAGGUUCAUUCUCAUUCAGCUAUUUCUGCAAUCUUACAAAGCUUGAGGUAGUUCGAUUUAGAAGCGACAAUGACAGGUUUGAGGUGGAAACAGAAGAGGCUAUAGAUUGGAUUCCAAAGUUUCAGUUGAAAGUUCUUGCUCUAUCUAAUUGCAAUAUGAAUUUUCAUAAAGGACAUCUUGUUCCGGGGUUUCUACUUCACCAACACAAGUUACUAGAAUUAGACAUGUCCCACAACUCCUUGGAAGGGCAGUUUCCAAAUUGGUUGAUUGAAAACAAUACGAAUUUGCAAGUUCUUAAUCUAAGGAACAACUCCUUUGACAGUUUUCCACUGUAUAGGAAUGCUAAUAUGAAGUGGUUGGAUUUGUCUGGAAAUCACAUGAAAGGUACUAUUCUAAACAAUAUCCCAAAGUUCUUUCCAAACAUAAAUCGUUUGAAUUUGUCCAGAAACUCAUUAAGUGGUGCUAUUCCUCCGUCAUAUGGUGAUUUGAGCAGAUUACAAGUACUAGAUUUAUCCGAUAAUGAGUUAUCAGGAGAAGUACCAAAGGAAUUGUUUACAAACCUCUCUUACCUGGAUAUAUUGAAACUAUCAAGGAACAACUUGCAUGGGGAGGUACUCUCAGGAAACCUAAGCUGGGGUAACCACCAAUGGGUUUACUUAGAUGGCAACCGUUUCACAGGGAAAAUCGGAAUUAAGAACUGGGAGGAAAAUCUUGAAGGUUUGAGAGCUCUUGAUAUUAGCAAUAACUUAUUUACAGGUGUCAUUCCUAGCUGGUUAAGCAAUAUGAAAUACCUGUCUGAACUUGUGGUGAGAAAUAAUAGUUUGAAAGGUCGGUUUCCUUGUGGAACAGCUCCAUUCUCGUUUCUGGAUAUCUCACAGAAUUCUUUCUCCGGGCCCAUCCCAUCCUGCUUAAAUUUGCAAAAUAUGGAGCAUCUUUAUUUGGGUUCCAACAGAUUUACUGGAUCAGUUCCUCUUUCCUUUGGUAAUUUGACUAAGGUUUUGAUUUUGGACAUAGGCAACAACAAGUUGUCGGGCGGGAUUCCCGAAUUUCUUGGCGAACUAUCCGAUUUAAGAAUUCUUGUUUUGAGAAAUAACAACUUUAGCGGUUCUAUUCCGAAGCAAUUAUGCCAAUUAAGUAAUGUGAGUUUGAUAGAUUUAUCCAGUAACUCUCUUUCUGGUUCAAUACCUAGCUGCCUUCAAAAUAUUACAGGCCCACGUUACCUUGCUUUCAUUGAAAGAAUGAUGAGUCAGUCUUUCACGGAUUUCACUUACGUGGAUGGAAGUGAUCCUCAGAGGGGGCUUUCUACCAACUUCUAUCCCGAAGUGAUUGAAACACGAGACGAAGUUCAGUUUACAACAAAAAGCAUGUCUCGUCCCUACAAAGGCAAUAUUCUUGAUUACAUGGCAGGAUUGGAUUUAUCGUGCAACAAACUGACAGGUAAAAUCCCUGAAGAACUGGGGUUUUUGACCCAGAUUCUUGCUUUGAACCUGUCUCACAAUCAGCUGACUGGACCCAUUCCAGUGAACUUCUCAGAUCUUGCUAAACUGGAGAGCUUAGACCUUUCUUCAAAUGGUUUGACUGGCAAAGUUCCAUCAGAACUGAUUGAGCUGACUUUUCUAGGAGUUUUUAAUGUUUCUCACAACAAUCUGUCGGGUAGACUCCCAGACAUGAAACAGCAGUUUGGUACCUUUACAGAGGCGUGCUACCAAGGCAAUCCGCUUCUUUGUGGACCACCACUGGAGAAGAAAUGUGCCACUGAACCACAUGUAACAACACAUCCAUCUCUCGAAGAACAAGGCACUGAGAAAUGGUAUGAAAUUGAUAUCGUGUGUUUCUAUGGAAGUUCUAUUUCAACAUUGGUUGUGUUUUUAUUGGGAUUUGUUGCCCUUUUGUACGUCAAUCCUUACUGGCGCAGAAGGUGGCUAGACUCUGUUGAAGAAUGUAUGUAUACAUGCUAUUACUUUCUUUAUAAUUCAGUAAAGAAGGCUUGUAUCAUCUUCCGUAAGUAG